AAAGCUGCUUCACAAUCCCUCGUGUCGUGGAUGGGAACCUGUGAAACGGCUGCCCCAUCUCAAGUAUUAUCUUGUCAGAAACUGGAGGCCAGUUUGCAGAUGCAGUCGCUUCAAUCAUUCCAGCCUGCAGUGCCUUUGUCCUAUCCCACCAAGUACGGCCUGGAUGACAGGAUUUUACGUCAAAAUGAAGCGUCAGGAGAUGCGGGGAGGACAACUUUCCAACAGCCAGAAGGUGGUUUAAGUCGUGACUUUAAUCAGUUUGGAAUGGAUUCGGAGCCUUCCAGCUAUUACCAACGGCACCAGUCAAACACAGAUGAUCACUUCAAUCAUUUAACCCAGACAUCUAUGGAUGCACCAGUCUCGGUGUCUCAUUUCCUUCCUCAGGCUUCAGGAGACCCGACAAUGUACCAGCACCACAAUCAAUUUGAUUCUACUAUGUUUCGUCAGCAGAGUCAUUCUUCUGCUGGAGCAGCUUUGUAUCGACAAAGCCAUGUACCAGCUGAGGCACUCCCGUUUUGUCACCAGACGCAAGCGCCAGAACAAUCUGCAUUCCAGCCAUCUGGUCCAUCUUCAUACCAAAUCAACUCAAAUCAGCCGCAAGUUGAUGCUCUUUUGUACCAACAUCAAAAUCAGCUUCCUGAGUCUGCUCUGUACCAACGUCAAGACGCACCUGUGUUCCACCCAUCAAAUCAGACAGCGUCGGAACCACCACUGUUCCAUCAAGGCCGCCCAACAAUGGACGCUCCUUUGUAUCACCACCAAAACCAGCGCCCCUCUGAGAAUCCAAUGUUUCGUGAGCCUGUUCAGCCAGUGACUGAAGGACAUAUGUACCAUCAAAGUGUCCCUACAGUGGAGGCAAGCUUGUAUCGAAACCAACGGCGUGCUGACGCCUCCAUGUUUCACCAGUCAAACCAGGCAACCUCUGAGGCUUCUAUGUAUCAUCAUGCCAGUCAGUCUGGUGGAGAAACUCCCGUUUUUCAACACCAAGAUGCAGCCAUGUUUCACCAUCCAAAUCAGCCACUCCCAGGAAUAACUCCACAUCUAUUUCACCAUGGCCACAACGGAGCCCAACAGGCUUCCAACUUCUUCUCUCAAAAUCAAACUGCGUCGGAUGGUGAUUUCUUCCGUUAUCAGAGCCAAGCAGGAGAUAGCCACUAUCAACGUCAAACCCAGACCAAUGCUGCCUACUACAAUCUUCAGAACCUAGCUGCUGUUGAUGCUCAAUUUCAUCAUCAACAGAACCAGGCAGAACCAUCAUUUCCGCUUCACCAAAGCCAAAGAUCAAUGGAACCUGCCAUUCAAAACCCUGGCUCAGUUGAUACACCUUUUUAUACUCAUAGGGGUAUAGAUGUCGAUGUGCAACUUGCCAGCGACUCUCAGAUGUUCCAAUUUCAAAGCCAAGUGCCUCAAGAAACACGGAUCCAUCACCACAGUCGUCCCUCUGCUCCAGUCUUCCCGUAUCAAAGUCAGGUCGUUCAAGAAACUCAAAUCCAUCAACGAAACCGCACGUCUGGUUUAUCAAUGGUCAAUUAUCAGAACCCAACAGCGCAGGACAGUCGUUCUCAGACAACUGCAGUUGAUCUGCCCUUGCUUGAUUAUAGAAGUCAGGGCUCCCAAGACAAGCAGCUUCUGAAUACCAAAAAUCCCGAAGUGAACAUGUAUCAGUACCAGAACCAGGGAUCUCAGGAUCUUCAGCAGUCCUCUACGUCCAGUGGUAAAAACACUUCGAUUCAUUACCAGAAAAAAUCCAGGGAUGAGAGACUUUACAGUCAGAACCAAGAAAGGCAUCAAUUUAAACCUCAUCAGCAGACUUUUGAAGAAUCAAAACAAGAUCACUCUAAAUUAAAUCAAUUUAGUAAAAUGCCUCAUAGUGUGCCACAAUUGAGUACCAGAGACUCCCAGACCAGGAAUGGCGCAGGAAAAGCCCGAAUAGUUGGCUGUAAAAGUGAACAAAAUGCAUCUCAAUUUGAUAAACCCAGAGGUGAUCCUUACCGGAAUAAAGCAGCCAAAGGUAUGGAACAUAAAUCGCAACACUUCAAUAGAAAUACUGUAGUAUCACAGUGGCACAGUGCAGAGGCUCAGAGAUUGGCGGCAAAUGCUCCUCGUCUAACAGGACUGCAUCAAGAGACUGCCUGCGCAGAAAAUCCUUCUGAUAAACCGUGUGUUGCUGAUGAAAACAAGUUAGGACACGCAUCUGAAGUUCAGCCUCUAGAAAAUGUAACCAGUUUGGAAUCUGGAUCUACUGAAUCUUCAGUGUUGGACUCCAUUUUGGUGCAUUUUAAUAAUGAGUCUGUUGUUCCAGCGAAUAAGGAGCCCACUGUCGGUUCACUGUUUGUUGAAGUUCUUGGUGCUUCUGAAGCAGAGUGUUCUGAUAAAGGGGACACAGACAAAACUGCCUCCUCUGACGAUUGUGUAGCUCUUGAAGUGCAAUGCCCAAAGAGAAACGGACAAGCUUCUCCUGACAAUGAUGGACCUAUUGAUAAUUUGGAUAAUAUUCGUCAUUUUGCCAAAGAUCCUACCUUCCCUGAUGGCACUGAUUCUGUAUCUCAGACACAGUCUGUUGUUGAAGAACUCCUGGAGGACGCACAUGCUGCUGAAGUUGUUGAACAGCCAGCCGCUGAUUUUGAACCCGCAACCACAGAAGAUGGAUUUUCUGCAACUAAUGCCCACCUUCUUCCCAGACCUCCAGAUAUUUUAUUGACUGUACCGGUUGAUGCUGGCAGUCACAGCAGUUCUCCAAGCCAUGACUCUCUCGCUCCUAGCGACGACCACCCAAGCACUCCAUCUGCACAACUCUCACAAGAGGGAAGUGAUGAGUCCAGCCCAGCCCUUGUGGUGCUGUUGGACAGCCCAGAGGUUGCGGAUCUUGAUCUUCCACCAACGCCGCCCCCAACACCACCUCUGUCUCCCCCUCUCCUGACGCCUCCCUGUGUGACCCCUCCGCCAUGUACUCCUCCCCUUUCAUCUGCGCCGUCGUCUCCACGCUCUGCCACGCCUCCCUUCUCGUCACCGCUGUCCACCAGUCCUCGCUCAGGACAAGGAGAAAUACAAACACUGUGUUUAGUACCGUGCGAGGGUUCCCAGCCUCAACCACUAGAAUCCAGCUCAAAUGCAUCUUCUGACAGUCCAGUUGUCACAUCUAAUGACAAAUUGAUUGAUGAAAACUCCAAUUCUCCACAACUGGACAAGUGCAUUGAACCACUAGAAAACCUAAGUUCUGCACUACUGGAUAAGUCUGUAGAAGUGAACUCAUCUCCAGACGAAAGUAUCGUUUGCUCUCCGAUACAGGAAGCUGAUUCAGUUCCUGUUAGCGAUGCUCUAUAUCUUGACCACAAAACUUGUGACCCAUGCUCACCAUCAUCAUCUGCUGGCCAGUCUGAAUUGGAAACAUUGCCGAUAGUGCAGGCUUUGCCUGAACCGUGUGCUGUUCCACAAGAUGAUCCUCAUUCACAGAUGCCACCAGAUUCUGCAGAUCUUGAGCACCCUUCUGAGAUAAAUUUAAGGGAUGAAUCACUUAUUUCGACAGUCCCAGCUGAUGUGCCGUUUGUACAAAAUGAAGAUCGUAUCACUCUAGAUACUGUCUCAGAAUCGGAUCCAAGCCAAAUCUCAAAAACUGAAGACAUUAUUUCUGUGCCUCUGCAUCUGAAUGAAGCUACGACACUAACGAAUUCUGAUGAUCUUUUUCCUGGUGUCAUUCCAGAUACAAUAUUGAUUGAUUCUGAUGAUGAUCUACCUGGUAUCAUCCCAGCUAUAACAUUAACCGAUUCUGAUGAUGUUCUAUCUAGUAAUAUUCCAACUAUAACAUUAACUGAUUCUGAUGAUGUUCUGCCUGGUACCAUCCCAUCUAUUACAUUAACUGAUUCUGACGAUGUCCUACCUGGUAUCAUUUCAGCUGCAAUAUUAACUGAUUCCAAUGAUGUUCCGCCUUGUAUCAUCCCAGCUAUUACAUUAACUGAUUCUGAUGAUGUUCUAUCUGGUAUAAUUCCAGCUGCCACAUUAACUGAUUCUGAAGAUGUUCUACCUGGGACCAUUCCCGUUAUAACAUUUACUGAUUCCGAAGAUGUUCUUCCUGGGUGCAUUCCAGCUAUAACAUUAACUGAUACUGAAGAUGUUGCACCUGAGACCAUUCCAGCCAUAAAAUUAACCGAUUCUGAUAAUGAUUUACCUGGUAUUAUUCCAGCUACAACGUUAACUGAGUCUGGUGAUGCCUCACCUGGUCCAGGUCAAGAGAUCUCACAGCAAGAUGAGACAGCAUCUCUUCCAUCUGUGGAUGCCAUACCAGUAGAUGAGCAGCAAGGCCCCUCAAUCAGAGUGCAUGGAUUCCAUGCACCGAGAACGCACCCUCUUAAACUGUGACGCAACUAAACACUACUGUUGAACCCUGAUUUUAUGUUUCAUUGGAAGCAAAUAUAGUGUUAACAAGCUCAAAUUUUAUUUCAAUUCAGUCAUGCCAUUUAGGAAUUUUUAACUGCCAAACUGAAUUGAAGCACACAUAGAAUGUCUUAGAAGGUUUAUUGAGGAAAUUUUUGAUUUUAUGUUGAUUAUAUUCAGAAAUUGAAGUCUUAGUGCUGAGCUCUUGCUCUGCGUCAGAUUUGGGACCUCAUGCCUGGUACUCAGGCUCCAAAUUUUGAGACUGAUUAUUCUUUUGAAUUAAUCAUUACAUAAUGAAUUUCAAUUACAUGGUUUUGGAGGUUUUCUAUUUUGGGUAUGUUAAGUUGUAUUUUUAAUGUUCUUAUAUUGAAACAAAAACAUAAAGGCAGGGUUUUACUGUAGUGCAAGAAAUUUAAGAUUUGCUGGAUUUGACUGAUGUGUUAUUGGGUAGACAGGGGAACUGAUUUUCGUAGGGACAAUGUCCCAAAUUGUAAAAUUGUUUAAUUUUGGAAGUAGGCUGAUUGCCUUCCCAACCCACUGUUAAUUGUUGUUGUUAUCAUUAUUUUUAUUAUUAUUUUGAAUUCUUAUUAUGCCUGCAGUAUUGUGUUGAUGUGGAGCGAAACCAGGUAGCGGGAAGGAAUGUAAAAGUCUCAUUUUUAAUACUAACACCUUGUUUUGGCCGAGUGACUGAUCCAUGAGUUUGAUGUGAUAGCAGCUGUAGUUUAAUACUCAGUCUGAUGUAUGGUUGGCUGUUGUUGUUGGUGUUUGUGAGAGUUCACUGAAAGCAAAUAUGCUGUAAAACGUAAAUAAUGCUGUAAUCAUCUCUUUUGUUGUUUUUUUUUUCUUAAAACAAUGAAUGUACAGUUGUUCUUUAAAUCAUUAUGAAUUAUUUAGCAAUAUAUUUGUCCUUGUUGUGGUGUAACUAGACAUUUCCAGCCUGUUUUCAUUUACACUUAACAAUGUCUCUGUAAAGUAUAUGUGGAUGAUUAUUAUGCCUUAAUGCAAUGUUUGCAAGUUUCCCAUAGUUCCAAGCUGAAACUUACCUGUCUCACUGCAAGUAGUGUGAAUGAAAUUCCUGUAAGGAAUAUGUUUGUUUGUCAGUUUGAUCCCCCCUUGAACCUUCCACGCGUUUGUACACAUGUGUUCAGUUUGCUGGUUGUUGACAAAGGUAGGGCCCCUGUAAUUGUUGUCAAUAUUUUUAUUUAUUUUUUAUUUGUGAUUGUUGAUGUAAGUUUUGUACCUACAUACUGGUAUUCUCUCUUUUGUGGUAGCUUAUAUAAUAUUGUUGUUCCAUGUGUUUGAAUUUGUAACUCUUGUAGAGAACAAUUUGUGUAUUUGAAAAAAAAAAUCACAAGCAGAUUAUUAAUCUAUCAAAAGAGGCAUUGUUCAUAAGCCCCAUGGAAGUACUUUAUCACUGUGUGUUGAUGUUUGUAGUAAAAUGUAUACCUCGUACUGUGUUUUUAUUUCUAUAUUGAAUUUAUACUUUAUAACAAUUGAUGUCUAGAAAACUACUGUAUUGAAUAUGAAGCAUGGUUGAUCCAUGGCAUGUUGAACGUUAACUAGUACCAAUCUGGAUUAUGAUCUUAGAGGUACUAACACUAAUGAUAUGAGAUGGAAAAUGCCAAAUGUAAUGUGAUGAAAUAGAUCUUUUUUACAUGUUUAUGUGUAUCUUUCUCAUCUCUCAUGUUGGUAUAUCAUGUUGUUUUUUUUGUAAGCUUGUAGCUACAAUUAUGUAUUAUUACAUAAUUUUGGUGUUAGCUGGAGUGUAACUAUUCAAUUGUACUGUUUGCGUCACUGUGAAUUAGAGUUCUAGGUAGUCUACAUUCUGUCCCAUAUCUUGUUCGAAACCAAACCAUGGAAUUUCUUCAUUUGCUCAUAUCUUACUAAAUAUGUGAAGGUGCUCUCUCUCUCUUUCUGUGUUGGAAAGUGUUCCUUCUAGGAUAUUUGUGCAAUGCAUGGUAUCCUAGUUUGAGAUUAUGGCCCUAAUGUCUCCCCUUAUGUAAGAAACAAUCCAGUCCUGGGAUUGAAAAUAAGUUUUGUCCUUAGUGCAAUGUGUUUUGUGUGAUGGCAACUUAUGCCAGUUAAACUAUUUGUAGUAAUUUAUUUAGUUUUGUGUAUAAUUACCAGUAAAGAAGAGGAAAGCAUGAAUAUACAGAUAGAGUGUAUUGACUUAGAUUUUCAAGGAUUCAACCUAUUCUCACUGCCUUUAACCUGAGCGAUUCAGGUUUGGGUUCUUUAUGUACCGCAUGGGGAAAAAUUACAAAGUUUUGGUUUCUGUUCUGACAGAUUUUUACGAGUUGGAUUAUAUUCUUAUCCUGUAUCUUAAAUGGUCUCAUAAGAAUUUGGCUCUGAAAUCCUUGCGUGCCAUCCAUGUCAAUAACAUGACUGUAUCCAAAGAAAUUUGUUUUAAACGUAAUUUUCUUUUCUAGUUUUUGUUUUGUACGUUUUGACUUAAUUAUUGAGCCUCAUGAGACUGGGGUGCAUGUGAGCAUUUGUCUGUUACAUAAGAAAUUAAUAUACUGUAAACACUAUCCUUGUCAAUUUAUACAACCAAUAUUUAAAGACUUAUACGUUCUUAUGUCUCUGACAAAUGUUUCUUGGUGAAUGUAUUUGCUGUGUUUCUGUAACCUCUAUGCCCUAAAUGAAAUUUGGUUGUGUUCUGUGUUACUAAUAAUUAAAAUGAACAUGUCUCAAACA